GGCUGUUCUGACAGCUGUCCUUGGUCUCGAGCGCUCACGACGUCUUCAAAGGUCGAAUUUUUCUUCCUACCCUCGCCCUCCUUUCCAACGAAAGGCGUUGGGAACAAUCCUCUCGCCCUCCUGGGCGGUUUUACUGCGGUUUCGGGAACGCUGGGCAGCCUGACAGCAUCACCCGCACUAGGCCCACGCUUUUCUGUCGCAGACCUCAGCACUCUGCCUGAGGGCUUCGGGGCUCUCUCGACAGGUCCUCGUGCUAUCUCAGCCUCCACUGAUGAGUUUUCAGGUGCUUUUGCCCUGGUGGCAGAGCGGAGCACUCGGUCACUGGAUAGGGCUUGUGCCUCACGCCCGGCAAAAACUGGCAUGGUGAUAGAUCCGACACUGAGGGAGUCGUUGUCAAUUACAUCGUGAUACAAGACAUCGAAUUCGGCGAUCUUCUCGACCCACCGCGCCUGGCGACCCGACAAAUCACGCUGAUUCAUCAAGUGGAUCAGGCCCUUGUGGUCGGUGAUCCACUGGAAUCGGCAUCCCUGCAGGAUGUCGCGAUGACGCAGCAUCGCCUCGACGCCGCUUCGCGGAGAAGAAGGCCGCAACCUUGCCGCUCUUCCAGUCCCUGCCCUGCGAGACUACUCCCGCAACACCUGUGCUGCAUCCAUCCGUGACGAGGAAGAUUGGGUCAGUGUCUGGACCGUACACCAGUGGCUUCCGGCGAUGCUCUCGCAAGUCGGUAACAAUGCGCUUCACAUCCUCAAACGCACGCUGGUGUGUGAAGCUCCAACGGAACGGGACCGUGUCACCAGUCAAGGUAUCCGACAGAGCCCAAGAACCCGCGUAGAAGUUCACGGGUCCAUGCGAAUGCCCUUGUCAUCAACAACGCGGCCAAGCACCUUCAGUUCUGGUUGCAAGAAUUGUAGCUUACUGACACCAAGCGUUCUCGAGUAGAUAAUUAUGUCAUCGAGGUACACAUCCAUGAAUCGACCAAUAUAGUCUGAGAAAAGAUAGUUCAUGAGUGAUUGGUACGUCGCAGGUGUGGUCACCGUUGUCCGAUGCACAUGCUCAGGGAUAAUGCGAAUUUGUUCGUAAGCGUCUUGCCCGUCUAUCAGCGAUCGAUAUGGGCAGCGUGCAACUCGUCUCAGGAUCCCUUCCAUAUCUGGCAGGGGAGACGACAUCUUCAGCGUGUUCUUAUUCCGAGCCCGCAAAUCUACCACAACGCGUAGUCGAGGUGGAUUUGACUUCGCUUUUGGGAUAAGCAGCAUAGGUAGUUUUUACGCUUCUCAUCCCAUUGCGGGCGCAGUGCUUCUGGACAACGUGACGGUCGCCACGGCAGGAUCUUAUUCUCGUCAAUCAGAGCGUUCUUGCAUACUGGCUUAGCGUACUCAAUGAGCUCUUCUCGAGCUGCUUGCAGUGCACCCAUCUCAAGCAGGAGGGAGUUCGAGUAAACUCGUGCCGUGGCUACGCCUUGUAGAGCCACGCCGUCCCCAAGAUCAUAUCAUAGCCACUUAGAUUGGCUACGUAGAAUGUACGCGCACAAUCUAUAUCUUGGUACUGAAAUCGUACCUCCGUUGAGUGAUUGA